UUCCGAUCCAAUUGCUCCGGAGCUUGGAGACGAAGGAGGAGAAAAAAGAAAACCCUCAACCAGUGACACCAAAAUAAAUGUCAAAGAAAAAUGUUGCCAAUCCAACAAAAAACGUUCGCGUUCGCCUUUGUCAAAAGUACAAAUCAAUCCAGGAAAAAAAAACGAUAGCUAUCCCUGUUUUUCCUGUUUACAUCAGGCUCGGUUAUGAAAUGGCGGAUGAUGGUGUAUUUAUUAUUGUUAAAAAAUCUUUGUGAAUAGUGUUGAUAAAAAACUACACGAAAACCUUUAAAGUCUAGACAAUUUAAAUGCCCCUGUCUCUGUACCAUGAUACCCUUUGUUUUCUAUGUGACCUGGACCAAUUGCACCCCUAAUAUGGGGUGAAUGUUUUCAAUGUAAAACGAAGUCAUUGUGCACCGAUUUACCAAAAAAAUUGCAUGCAGGAGGGUUUUGGGGUAGCAAAUCCACUACGGGCGGUUACGUGAUGGAAAUAGACGUUACUCCUGAUGCUAAUCAAGAAAUAAACCCAUUCGGAUUGUGCCGAGUUGAAGAAGAACCUGUACAAAACCAUACCUUAGUUGAUACUGUUGUUAGUAUCACUAGCAACGACCUUGAUAGUACCACAGUUGAUAAUAAAGAAUCGCUGCCGAUUAUCAAUAGCAAAAAGACGAUAAAGCAUGCAUUACGACAACAAGCUAAACGUAGAAAGAAGAAUACAAAUUUAGCCUCAAUUAGUAGUCCGUCUACGUCGUCAGCACUACCGAGAAUUAUUGUUAAAUUACCUACAGAAACCUCAACGACAGAACCUCAAAUAAACAGAACCCCAACAAUGAAAGAAGUCCUAGCCUCGAUUCCAGGUUUUAACUUGAAAACCCGUAAAAGGACUAACAAAAAAUUAUCCACAGCCGCCCAGCUGGAACAAACAAAAGAGGGCUGUAUAGAUUUAGAAACACCAGAUUCAAUUUUAGUAAAUACCAACUUAAGAUUAUUAUUAAACAAAGGAACUUUUGCUUCUUUGCCUGUUUUAUAUCAAAAUAAAUUAGCUCAACUUUUACCAUUGGUUGACAGACAAUUGGCUAAUAAUUCCUCAGAGAAUACUUGUAUAGAAAUCAGCUCUGGAUUGAAUAACGAAUUUUUUGCUAGAGCUUGUUUGGAAUGGCAAGAUCGUUUAGCAGAAGGCGAAUUCACACCAGAAAACCAACAAAAAUUAAAAUCGGAAGCUGACAAAGAACGAAGCAAAUUAGACCCAUGGAAGUUGAAACAUUUUGAACCAAUAUGGGGGGAUAGAAGUUUAGCAGAUAAUGGUGAUUCUUCAGGCAGUAGUACGUCAAAAAUUCAUCGACCCCCAUUAAAAACCACAAUAAAAUUAAGACCUUCAACUACAUCUGCUACAACUAAAAGUAAAGCACCUCCACCACCUCCUGUUAAAAGAGUUAGAACUGUUGGAGCAAUGACAAGGUCUUGUACAAUAUUGAAAGAAGAAAUUUUGAAACCUGCAAAUGAUAAUAAUAAAUCUAUACCUGAUUUAUUGCCUAUUGUAAAACAGACUAAAAAUAAAGUACAAACUGAAGAUGUUCAACAACAACAACAAAAGUCUGAAGAAGUAUUUAUACCAGAAAAAGCUACUGAAGAAAUAAUUAAUAAAGAAUCUUCUAGUAAUAGUGAAAAUUGUAAUAUAGUUAAUUUAAGUGAAGCUAUUUUAGAGACUAAUCAAGAGACAAUCAUUAUAUGUAGAGAAAAUGAGUCAGAAAAAAGGCCUAGAUCGCCAAGUUCUGACGGGUCAGAAGGUAACUCACCUAAACGUAAUAAAUCAAUGAGUCCUCUAUCACCAGAACCCAUGGAUCUUAAAGAUCCUUUAGAUUUAACCUCAGAGGUAGCUAGUGACGAUGAUAAAGUCAGCGAACGUACAUCAGAAAUGGGCGAUUUAUAUGAAAAAGAAGAUGAAAAUAGUAGUAGUUCUUGUAGUAUGCCAACUCAUAAUCUAGAAGAAAUUUCAAGUAGUGGAGCUAUUGAAACUGUAGAUUCAUUACAAUUACACAUAAAUUACAAUAUGGGUGAAGAAAUAAAUGAAAUUAGUCAAAUAGAUGAUAAUUCGUCAAGUACAUCAGCUACUAGCACCAAUACAAACGAACACGAGUCUGAAUUGACUCAGGACCAAGAUGAAACUAUGACGUCCAUGCCAGAUAUAUCAGAACACGUUACUUGUGAAGCUGAAACUAGCAAUAUGAAUAGUGUUAGUUCACAAUCGCAAGAAACUAGCGCUUUAUCUAGCCUAGAAGAAACUAGUAAUACACAAGUAAUUGAAGAAUCUAGUAUUGAAACUUCAAUGGACACUCACCUGGUGAGCGAAAAUAGUGAAAGCGCUCUAGAAAUCAUUGCAAGUAAUUUUCAACCACAGCCUGAGAGCCUUAUGGAAAAUUCCUCAAAUUCAGAUAAUGUUGUCUAUGAAACAUCAAAUUUAGACAAUCCCGAGCUUGAUACAGAAGAGAAAAUCGAGCAACAAAUACAAGAAACAUUUCAAAUGCUGCCCAACACGCUUAUAAUCCAGCAAGAAUCUUUGGUUUUGGAUAAGUCGCAAGAAUUCAUCGAUGUCACUGCAGAAAAACUGGAAGCCAGUGUUGAAGAGGCUGAUUUGGUCACUUUUGCCACUGCCAAAAUUAUUCACGACGAUGACGAUGGGGAAGAUCGGUUCAUCGAUGCGGAAAAUUACGUUUUGGAGUCCGGCCAGAUCACUGUGUCCACCAGCGAGAAGAUUAUCGAGAUUGAGAAGAAGGAAGAGGUCGAUAUACAAGCUGCUUUGUUUGGGGAAGAUGUCAAGACAGUGGCCGAAGAGUGUUGCUGGGGCCUGGUGGAUUCCAGUACCGAAAACUUAUUGCAAGUUCCUACUUUGCACGAACUGGAACCUUCGCCGGUGCCAGUGGGCACUCACAGUGUUCAUAUUCAGGAUGAUAUUGACGGUACCGAUGUGGUUGUGGCUGUGGAAAAUGUCCAGGUUAUCCCAAUGCAAGAAGAACUUGAAGUCCGUCUAGAACAAGGAACGUUUCCUGUACCAAACGACUGGCCCUACGAUGUAAAAAUGGAUUCAGAAAUGGUCGAAGCAGCUCUAGGACCUACCGAAAACGAUCCCACUAAAAUAGCCAUAAAAGAACACUCAAUAUUUCCAGAAUUCAGCCAGGGCAAUCAAGUAAAACUUGAGCUGGAAGUCACGCUGACUCCGGAGAUUGCCAGUUCUGAUGCUUUAAUUACCAGCACGGUCACGUCAAAUAAUAACGAAGCUAAUAUGAUACCUACUUCUUCUGCGGUCACGCCUAAAACUGUCAGCACAGUGAUUCCACCUACUACUAUUGUGUGUUUGCCUUCAAUUGUCAGUACGACUCCUAUUCAGAUUCCAACGGUAAAUGAAGCGGUACAAUGUGGUCCGACAAUAUCGAGGCCCGGUUUAGUGCAGAGCUCCAGCGCCCUGCCCUAUUUGGCACUGAGCACUAGUCAGCCAAUCAGAGCAGUUCCUACCCACAGCAAGAGCAAGCCAAAGAAUAAUAAUAUAGGUAAAGCAGGUAAUAAUCGUAAUCGCACAAACAACAACAAACCACCGCCGGGCGCAGUUAAUUUGGAACGCAGCUACCAAAUUUGCCAGGCGGUAAUACAAAACAGCCCCAACAGGGAUCAGCUCAAGUGCCAACUGAAACCGCCGCCCAGUUUGCUGGCCUCGACCAAUAACAACAAGAAAAUCGACAAUCGGCAGACCCAGUACAGUUCGGUGACAUCUUCACGCGGCAAUAAGACUUUCACGCCUCCGUUGCCGGCUUCUGGAAAUUUCCAGAUUGCAAAUAACAACAAUGGUCUGAAGACGCUGGGUCAGAAAGUCAGGCCGGGAUUGCCAUUCCAGCAACGUCAAGCCAGUCCGCCGGUCGUUGUGCGGCACGUGUUCACUACCUCUGGCCAGGGGAUUCCCGUGACUAUGGCCGUUUUGCCGCAAGGCUCAGCUUUAAGUCCUGAAAUUGUUGAAGGUCAAAAUCCAGUAGGCGCGGUGGGCCAAUACAUUCUCGUCCAAAGAACUGGCGUUGUCGACCAACACAACAACGUCCCUCGAUCAUCUUCGGCACCUCCAGCCCAACAACCCACCAUAGCAGCAGGUCUCAACAACCCACCAGUAGGCAGCAUGUCCCAACUAAUGGCCGGCAGAGGGCGUCCGGCCAGCGUCGAAGCCGACCACCCGACAGUACAACAACCCAACGACUUUAUCGUCCAAUGUCCGAACCCUGGUACCCAAGCGGUUACGCGCCGCCAACGGUUACCGCCCGGAGUGGUUUACGGCGACGUCAGCAUCGAGAGCCACUUGAACAAUUACACGAUAAUCGGCGGCGAAAAUGUUAUUACGGCCGACCAUCCGGCGGCCGUUAUGCAAAACCAGAUGGCGGUGCAACAGCCCAAGCAUCACCAUCAGUUGGAUUCGUGCGCCUGCAACCUGAAAGCGAUGGUCGUGUGCAAAAAAUGCGGUGCCUUUUGUCACGACGACUGUAUAGGGCCGAAUAAACUUUGCCGGACCUGCUUUAUAAGGUAGGUUAGGAAUUUGUCGGUUUUGUUUGUUGGCGUUUCUUAAGGCUCGUUUCUGUUUCUUAUCGGAUAUUGCCAAGCAGAUUUUUAAAGGCGGUUUUACAUUUUGGAUACUUUUUCUGUUGUAAAUACAGUGAAGUCUGGAAUUUGCUCACUAUGUCCAAAAUUACAAAAUUGGUCUUAUGGAAAUUUGGAAAAGCGUUUGUUAUAACUCUUAAAACGGGUUUGCUAUAUCCGAACUUCACUGUACUAUAGUUGGCAGCACUGAAUAUACAAUAUACAAAAAAUAUCAGUUGGAAAUUUAUGAACAUUAUGGUACUUUGAAUUGAUAAACUUCAUGCUAUUUGGGCUUAUUUUGUAUACUUCACUGGUUGACAUUUUUAAGAUUUCAUCAAAUUUACUUUUGUUCAACACUGUGUCGACAUAAAGUACCUACUGAAUGUUUUGAUUGUUCAUAUCCAAGAGGCUUUUAUUUAUUUGAAUCAAGUCAAAUCUCUUAUUUGCAGCUGGUUUUUAAUAGAAGUUCUAUAAGGUUUCUUGGCUUUAAGAAUUGAAUACAUUGUCAAGGAUUUUGGCUUGAAAACUUUGAUAAAAUGCAAUAUACAAAUGUAAAAGGGUCUAUUUGGCGUUGCCGAUUUGUUGCAGGAACAAGGCUUAACUCUAGCUAGUAGUUUUGUUGUUGAAAAUUUCCAAUAUAGUCUAUUUUUUAAUGUAGACUUUAGCGUUGGCUGUACAUUAUUAUUACUGUGUAAAUUUUGGAGCCGAUCGUACACAUACUUUUCCUUUCUUGUUCUUGUGCUACAUUUGAAACAUAAUUUUAUUUUGUAUUUGUGUAAGUAGCCCUGCCAUUUAUUGUAUCCUUUCCAAAAAAACAAUAGUUUAUAACACAAGGUUAGCUAUUAGAAACAUGUUUGCUGGUUCUUCUCACCAUGUUUAUUUAUUUAUUUAUGUAUUCACGGAAUACCCGCAGCAUAUUGAAAUACAAGUUAAUUCUAGAUAAACAAUAUCAGAUUUAAAUCUCAUCUCCGUUCAAUUUUUGACUUAUUUUAAGGUUUCUUCCACUCCUAUAGAGUUUAAAAACUUGUUGCUAAUCCUUGGAUAAUUUCUAUUGAAAAAUAGUUUGCAUAAAAAGUAUCAAAAAUUACCAAUAAUAACUUCCACUUGCGUAAAAUCAAGCUUUUUUCUAAUACAUAAAUAGUCCAGCAGGUAAGUACUUUCUGCUGGAAAGUAUUCCGAAGUUAAUGAUAUCUUGGUAUAUCAUUUGUGGGUAGUCUGUGGAGUAAAAUCUGAGUUUUCGACCUCGAGGAACCUGUACUCACUUGAGGGGAGUCGAAAAACCACGAAAUUUUCGAACUUUUUCAGUUUUUUAUUUAUAUUUUCUAAACCAUGCGUUUUGGUAAUGAUAAUAAUAAUCCUUUAUUUAGCAAAUACACACUAGUUUACAAAAAUUUACAGUUUUACCAUUUUACAAAGCAAAGUACAUUACUAACAGAAACAAUCAAUCAAUAUAAACAAGGAAUCAUAACAAAACAAUCAAAAACAUCAUUGCAAAAUACAACUGUACAAUUAUUAAAAUGGACAAAGACAAGAGUGAAAAUUGAUAAAAUGGACAAAAACCUGAUAAAUAUGUCUCGUUAAAUGUACAAGGACUAUGCUGAUUUAGAAAACAAGAUUAUUUACCCUAACCAAAAACAAUUUCCAAUUUUUCUUGAAACCAUUCAGAGAUAAACUAUUUUUAAUAUUAUUAGGUAACUUAUUGAAAUCAUCCAGGUAUCAUCAGCGAAAAGAUGUAAUCCCAAAUUAUGCUCAUCAUUAACUACAUCCACUAUAUCUUUCACAUAAAGCACAAACAAAAUAGGGCCCAACACACUCCCUUGCGAAACUCCCAAUUCUUUGGAAAUUUGCUCAGACAUUUUUCCAUUCAAUUUUACAAGUCUGUCUUCUGUUAUUUUCUUAUUUUUUCCUGGGCUUAUCGUUGUCACUUUUUUCUCUUCAGAAGAUGGAGCUAUUAAAUUUAAAAUUCGACGUUUCGUCUUCAGGUGGCCAUCAUCGACUUACUUUUUUUAAAUACGGACCUGGAUUUUUUAUUUGCGAUUUUGUCAUCUUUGGGCAUCCUAAAACCGAUAUUGUUUAUAAUCUUUCAAUAACACAGUAAAAAAAGCAGUUCCGUAUUUAAAAAAAAUAAAUUGAUGAAGUUUCCAGACGAACGAAACGUCGGAUUUUAAAUUUAAUACCACCAUUUUGUAGAGAAGAAAAAGUGACAGUGUCGAUAUUAAAUUAGGUUUUCACAAUCUUUUUGAAUAUUAUCAGGAAAAAAUAUAAACUAUACGAAAAAAACAUAAAUUUCUCGUAUUUUUAAAUUUUUUUCUUGAUUUCAUUUACAAAGAUUUUGAAAAACUAGUUUCGCAUUCCCAUUGUCACUCGAAGAAAAUUAACCCACUCGCUAGGGCUCGUGGGUUAAACUUUCUUCUCAUGAAUAAACAUUCAUUUAACUCACUUGGUGUAUAAAUAACUAUUUAUGAGGCUUGAUAAAUGGUUGGCUAUAUUGCAAUAAAAGUUAUUUAAAUCAGUAGCGUUUAAUUUGGAACCCAAACAUUCCUUGAAUCACUUAUUAUCUCCUCGAAGUUCAUUUACAAUUUGCCAGGCUGUCUUCUGCUUGUUAGAAGAAGACGUAAUUCUCUUAACAUAAUAAAGUUGCUUAGUUGCCUUUAUAAUUCUACGAUAUAUUGAUUUUAACUUAUUGAAAUAAUUUACAAAAAAUUGAUUAGACAUAUUGAAUUUUCUUAUAUAGUGGAGACAUCUUAAAUUUUUUGCUGAAACUCUAACUUUCGUAAUCCAACUUUUUUUCUGUUUUUUGUUAUAAAAAUAUUUUUGACCAUGCGGUGUUGCCGCUUCUACUCUAAACUAGUGGCAACAUCACUAUUUU